AUGUCAGCCCCCCAAGAAUCUCCCCAUAUCCUCAUCCUAGGCGCCGGCGUAAUCGGCCUAACAACCUCCCUCGUCCUCUCCCACACCUACCCCACAGCCAAAGUCACAGUCGCCGCAAAGCACUUCCCCGGCGACCGCUCCAUAGACUACACCUCGCCCUGGGCCGGCGCAAACUGGUCCUCCAUGGCCACCGACAACGGGCCCCUUGAAAAAUACGACGAAGUAACGUUUCGCCGUUUCGGCGAACUAAUCGAUGGAAAACCCGUGUUUGGCUGUCAAGUCAGCACACCCGGCGAAGUCAAGAAUAUAGCUGGGGGCGAUGGCGGAAAUGAAACGGGGUUGGGUCGUAUGGGCAUGUGGGCUGUAUUCGACACGCCGAUUGAGGAAGCGGGGAUUCUAAGCCAAGGGACAGGGCGGGUAUGGUAUGAUGAGCUAGUCGGGGGGUUGAAAAAGCUAGAAAAGAAGGAUUUACCGAAAGAUGCGGUGUUUGGGGUUGAGAUUCCACAGACUUUUCGGAUCAAUACGCAGGUAUAUUUGCAGUGGUUACAACACCAAGCCCUAGCCAAGGGAAUCACUUUACUCCGUCGACAAUAUAGCUCUGUCUCUUCGUUGCUAGAAGACAUACCAUCCACGACCCUCCUCGUCAACGCCACAGGCCUCGGUUCCUUAUCCCUAACCGACAUCCGCGAUACGAACUUGUACCCGACCCGCGGCCAGACUCUGCUUGUUGCGGAACCCAAAGUUCCGAUUGAGAGAAUGUAUGAAUUUGAGAGGCUGGGGUACCUCCGCUCCCCCCACCGCAUCGACCCAACAUGCACAUACGUCUUCCCCCGCCCACUGGGCGGUGGCGUUAUUCUAGGCGGCUCCCGCCAAGACAACGAUUGGAGUUCUGAAUGGGAUGAGGAGCUUGGGCAGGAUAUAUUGAGGCGGUGCUGUGAGUUAUGUCCGGAAUUGGGGAAGCCGGAGGAGGUGCAGGUUUUGGCGAGGAAUGUGGGAUUGAGACCGUCGAGGAAGGGAGGCAUGAGAAUUGAGACGGAGGUGGGCAAGUGGAAAGUGCCUAUUGUGCAUUGUUACGGGCAUGCUGGGGCGGGGUAUCAGGCUUCUUGGGGAUCUGCUGAACGCGUGUUGGAGCUUGUGCAAAAGGUACUUGCACCAAGUGCAAAGCUUUGA